AUGAAAGAAUUGAUAACUGUGUUUGUUGUUAUUUUGGUAUCCAUUGUCAUGCAAGUGACAGCCAAGCCAAUGGAUAUAAAAACCAAUUAUUGGCUACAAGGAAAUCAUGAUGAAUUCCAAACCAACCGAGUUAAUGUUUUUCAACCAUUUCCAGAUUUCAAUGUCAGCAUUCAAGGAACUCCUAACAUUUAUUUUGACCGAAAUUUGGUGUUGGUGGAUGCCUCUCGAAAUGUAUUGAUCACAAAUUAUGCCUUAUAUGACGGCGAAAAGUUUCCACAAUUAGACGAUUUUGUGUUGUGUAGUGUUGAUUUGACAACUGGCACUUUAACAAAAUUGAAUUUUGACACUUCUAGACCAGCAUUUCGCUCUAGCUCCAUCUCACAUGCUGUAAUGAGCCCGCAAGGAGUGUAUUACUUUGCUCUUUCAAGACAACAAGUUGGAUUGAACUUUGUAUUCACUUAUAACUUGACAGCUGGUCAUAUGGGUUACUCCAAUUACUAUUCAAUUCCAAAUGGCGUUCAAGUGGACGGACUUACCAUUGUCGAUAAUACACUUUUUGUGUACAAUGUAGAAGCUUUGAAUGCUUACAAUCUUGACAUGACCUUAAAAUGGACAUACGCAACAGGAUUCACAUAUGGCCAAGCCUCAAAUUUGAUAACCACUGAAGAGAAGGGUAGAAAAUUGUUGUAUUAUGCUGCUCAGAAUAUUGUUUUUCGUAUGGAUCCUUUGAGUUUUACUUUAUUGAGAUAUCAAUUUCCUGUGGAUUACUCAGUUAAGAGCGUUUCUUAUUUAGGAAAUGGAAAUCUUUUGGUGGUUGUCAAUGAUAAUAGUGUUUUGGCUGAUAGAAUUUUUUCUGUCAAUGUUGUGAGUGGAAUUUCAACGAGGUUACCAGUUGCAGCUGAACCAGAACUUGGUCCACUUCUACGAUGCUCCAAUUCAAUGAAUUAUCAAGCUCCUAACAAUCCAUUUGUCACAUAUUCAGUUCUCGUUUGUUCCGAGUAUACUGGAGGCAUUGGUGAAAGGAAUGUUAUUGGCCUCUCAUGGGAUGCAACAAAUCCACAGAAACCAAACUUUUCUGUCCAAUGGCAUUUGAAAAAAUUUCGGGCGCUCGAUUUACCAAUUUCAGCAACCAAUAUUGAAGGUCAUUUCCUCCUUGCUACGGAUCAUGGUUAUAUGGUAAUGGACAUGGCAAGUGGAAAGAUGAUCACUACCAAACAAUCCAACGUUGCUAAUUCUUCAUGCAAGAUUGUUACAGCAAUGAAUGGAAAAUUCUAUUCAGUCUGUACAGAUACUUCCACAAUGAGAAUUGCUUCACGUCCUAUUUAUUAA